GGGAUAAUAUAGAGUCAUUUGUCAUUGAUUUAGCAUAUAACGGUGUUUAUAGAUCAUGGCCAUGUUUUAAAAACAAAUUAGCAAUUGAUAAAGGGUCAUUUCUGUUGAUUGUAUUAACAUUUUCCCAUUUUAUAUUAAUGGAGCAAUAUGUUAGUAAAAUUGCAAAUGACUAUGAAGAUCGAGAAAAUCGACCACCAUCUAAACAGACCGAAAAGUUGAAAUUUAUUAGAAGAAUGCCAACUACAACACA